AUGCGACAGUUAUACCCGGGCGAAAAAUGUAAGAAUUAUUCAAAUGUUUGUUUGGAUUGUGAUGAUACGAAUGAAAAUUGGCUUUGUUUAACAUGUGGUGAAAUACGUUGUAGUCGAUAUAUAAAUAAUCAUAAUGAAGAACAUUGGCUAUUUACAUUGUUAACAGCUUCUAAUGAUGCUAUCGGACAUUGUUUAGCACUAGGUUUAAGAGAUCUGAGUAUAUGGUGUUAUCUAUGUAAAUCGUAUGUUAAAAAUAUUCGAUUAGAACCAAUUUUAAAACAAGUAGAACAUUUAAAAUUUCCGUCUAUUGAAGACGAACCACAACAACUUUCAAUGCCAUCUACAUUGUCUGCCCUGAUGACUUCUCCACCCACAACAGUACAACCAUUGAAAACGGGAUCAUCUUUGUCGUCAAGCGAUAGUUAUUGUAGUACUGACGAAACUAAACCGAUGACAAUUGUUACUGUAGCAACUCUGUUGCACGAUCAUGAUCGAUCAUUUGAUCCACUUACUUCAAUUAUAAAUGAUCUUGGACAAUGUAAUUUAUUGGCAGAAUGUUCAGUAUUGAAAUCUCAUUCAGCUACAAUCGAUGAAUUAAUCUGUGUACAUGCAAGUGAUUAUGUGAAUAUAUUAGCUUGUAGCGAAAAGAAUGUGUUAAUACGUCAGGAGAUAAAUGAAAAAAACUCGAUAUUUUGUAAAGAGUCAACGUUUUUAGAUGCACGGAACUCGGCUGGUGCUAUCAUUGAUAUUGUCAAAUAUGUUGUGGAAAAUAAAAAUGCUAAAAAUGGUUUUGCAUUCGUUCGUUCACCAGGACAUCGUGCUAAACGGAAGAGUGGUGAUGGACAUUGUAUAUUUAAUAAUAUUGCAUUAGCAGUUGACAGUAUUCUACCGAAAAUAAUAAAUGACAUAAAUCAAAAUCAUCCUUUUCAUUUAGACGGUGCUACACCCGUUGAAGAAGCUAUUUGUCAUAUGAUUCAUGCUUUAACACCUUCCAAAAUCGAUUCACUACCAUCGACACCCUUGGAAACAAGUAUAAAUAGUCUGAAUAGUUCGUUAGUGAAUCGUGUUUUGAUAAUUGAUUUGGAUAUUCACCAUGGUUCAGGUAUUCAAGAAAUUUUCUAUUCUAAUCCAAAUGUGUUAUAUAUUUCAAUUCAUACACGCGAUAUUUCUACGAUGGAUUCAAACUAUGAUCAAUGUGGUAGUGAUAAAGGUCUUGGUUACAAUAUUAACAUACCAUGGAUAAUAACUAAAACAUUUUCAACAAUUACGGAUGUUGAGUAUAUAGCUGCGAUGAAUGAAAUAAUUAUGCCAAUAGCAAGAGAAUUUGAUCCUGAUCUAGUUUUAGUUUGUGGUAGUUUUGUUAAUAGUUAUAAUGAACAAAAAUUGUUAAUUUCUAUGACAACUGAUCUUUAUUCGUGGAUAACACAACAAUUAUGUCAAUUAGCAAAUGGAAAAGUUAUUUUUGUACUUGAUGGAGAAUGUAAUGGUGAUCCAACAUGCAUUGAAAGUAUUUUAAAAGUAUUACUUGAUAAAAAUGAUGAUAAAAACAACAGAACUAUAAUCAUGAAAUCGAAUGCUGAUCAUAUAAAUUACUUAGCAAGAAAAUCAAUUAACAUUGUUAAAGACUAUCAAAAACAAUAUUGGAAAUGUUUUAGAUGA